AUGUGGCGAAAAAGAGGAUUUGGAAGAGAGAAAAGCUCCCGUUGGUCAACUAAGAAGAUGGAAUCGAUCAAAGACCAUCGCAUUUUUACAUCCGAAGAAAUCAGGAGGUACUUCAAUCGAUGUAACUCUCUCACCCAUCGUCAAGGACCUCUCCACCAGAGAAAACGACAAAUACCUUGGUUUUCGCACUUCGACUGGUCAUUCUUCAACACUCUUUCGUACAACAACUCUCUUGAGCCGAUAAUGAUGCUGAGAGAACCAAUGGCUCGGUCGGUUUCGCACUUUUAUUUCAAAAAGACGAUGUUUGACGUCACUUCCAAGCGGGAGAACCAGAAGUUUAUGAAAAUGACGAUGGACGAAUUUUUCAAUGAUCCAGUCGAAAUAAUGCGAUUUCAAGAAAUUUGGAUGGACACCUUUUCCGGCGUUUCUUGGCUCGCUGGAACAAUUACGAACCCAGAUGAUUAUACCUUCACUUCUGAGCAUUUUAAGAACGAUUUCGACAAGCAAAAAAGCUUCGAAAAACUAGAAUUGAAAAGGCUAAAUGCUUCGUGGAGCUUGACUUUGGCUGCGGACAGACUGGAAUCGCUUGGAUGGUUUGGAAUUUUGGAACGAAUGGAGGAUUCGGAACGACUUCUUUCAUAUUUUUUAGAAGAAAACGUAAAAAUUUCCCACAAGCGAAGUACGAAAGAGAUCCUAGGGCACAAAUACCCGAUUCCAAGUCCGUCGGUGUUAAAAAAGCUUCACGAUCUUUCGCCUCUUGAUCGAUGGCUUUAUGAAUUCGCCAAUCGACUCAUGGACGCUAGAAUUGAAGAGCUUGAAACAGGAGUUUUCGCCCGGCCAGAAAGACCUGCUUUUCCAACAAUGACCUGUCUCGCAACGAGUUACAUGAUCAACUGCCCAAAUUCUAGCGCUCUUUCUAAUUGGAUUAGCUCAAGAGCCACAGCAGAGUAUCAAGAGUCAUUCGAAAAACUGCUGAAAACAUAG